CGGAGUGUUGUGCCGCUCCUUAUUGACUGUGUGUCCUGAGCUGCCGAGCGAUGGAGGAGGAGCGAGUGAGUUUACCACGGGUUGCGGUGAAAACAGAAGAAGAGGUCGAAGCGCUGAUUUUUGAUGGAGCAGAAGUAGUUGACAUUCAUAGUGUGGGAAUUCCUCAGCAACCACUUUCACUUACUGACGUUCCCUCAACUUCACAAGUACAUGAUGAACACAGGAGAUGCUUGGCAACUCUAGUAUACUUGAAAAGUACCAGAAGCAAUAACCCUAGGGAACACGGCACUGGAGAAAUCAAUCUAUCUGAUGCGGAACCUGAAAGCACUGGUUACCAAGAGCAACGUCUCACUGACAAUAGGCAUGCUGGGAUCAUUACUCAUCAGCCUUGUGGGCUCCAAUCAGGCAAAAGGAAAACAUUUGUUCCAUCAAGCAGCCAGAUGGACAGACCAGUCAACUACAAGGAAGUGAGAUUAAAAAAGAGGAGACUACACACUAUGGUGCGACCUGCUCCAGUAAGGAGACUACUGGAGUAUGAAGAUUAUGAAGAAUAUUAUGAUGAGGAAUCUGAUGCAAUGCCAGACUAUGUUAGUGGCACAUCAGACAGCUCUGCAAAUGGAGGUCAGCAGUCCUCACUGAUUGAAAUUCUCAAUUACUGUCAGAUUAUUUAUUCUUCCAUCCGAAGACUGGACAAAAAAGUGGAAGUGAUACAGAGACAUGUGUCUGACCUACGUCAAGGAAAGACAAAAUAUUUUGCUAAGCAAAGGCAAGUCUUGGCAUCACUUUCCAAUGGUUACAUCCAGAAACCCAAAAGGAAACCGGGUCUGAAAUCCGCCAUGAAUGAGCAGAGGAAGCGAGUCCGAUGUUCCAGACCAGCUGAUCAGACUGAGUCCAGUGACUGGAAUGAGCCAGUGAUAAUUCAGGUCGAAGAUGAUGUUGCAGAUGCAGUAAUUGAUGAGAAACCGAACGUUUCAGCAUCCUUCCAUUCCGCGGGACACAUCCUUGAAACCCUGACACCAGCAAUGAACUCCUCUGUGCCCGUUCUGGUGCCAUCCUCAUCUGCCCUGACCUCUGAGCUUAAGCCUCCUUGCCUGAGGUUGGAGAGCGUGCCAGCUGCUUAUAAAAUGAGCAAGCCACAAGCCAGCCACAGUCAGAGAUCGGUGCUGCAGCAGCUGGAAAUAAAAAAAGCCCCUGAAACAGAGGGGAAUACCUGCCAGAGCAUUGAAUUAGUGCCGGACUGUACCACCAGUAAGGAGGAUCCAACACCACCGCAUUCGUCUUUUGAUCUCUCAAAGCAUAGUUUUGGGUUUUUGGGGAAUCCCGAACGCAAUGUUAAAAUACCUGGUGCAUUCAUAUUAAAAGCCAGUCAGAAGACCCAGCCAAAGCUGGCAGCACGUUAUCUGGCCAGGAAUCUGUUCACUGACGAGGUCCUGGUUACAAGCAGCAUUGAUGGAAGCAAGCAGCACGGGAUGAAAUUACUGGAUCCGAAUAAACUGGCAGCUGUGAGAGAGUUCCUAAGCAAACAGUUCCCUCACCAUGACCUUACUGAGGUUGGUAAAGAUUGGAAGGCCUGCAUCUCAGCGAUCAACAGCAUGAUCAGUGUUACAAGGAGAAGAGCUGGAAGAGAAUACUUAUCAAGUGAAAAAGCAUCAAUGGCAACCAUCUCUCCGUCCACCUCUGAUUCUGCUGUAAAUGGUCAGCUCUGGUGGCUUUAUCAAAACUCAGCACCGUUACCUUCUACACUGCAUCAAAAACCUUAUGAGAAAUUAGAGUGUCUCGGUAGAGCUGACCGGAAAGUGGAGUUACCGGCAUCUGUGAUCCAUCUUGCCAAGCAGAGAGCACGGCCUGAAUUAGCAGCCCGUUUCCUCAUCAGACACCUCUUCCCAGACAGCAUUCUUCUCAGGAGUAACGUGUAUGGAGCAAUUCGGAAAGGAAAAGCUCCUCUUGACUGUAAUAAGAUAAAUGCUAUUCGAGAAUUCCUAACGGAUUGCUUCCCAGGUUUCGACUUGACUGAGGAUGGUAAAGACUGGAAAGUGUGCGUUGAUGCAAUUAACGGUGUCAUUCGUUGUCUCCGAUAUGAACUUAAGAAGACACCCCAAGGGAGGUCAUUCCUUAAACAUUAUUCAUCACCACUUAAGACCCAAACAGAUUUGGAAUGAUAUGUAAGACCAAAAUACCACUGGCUCUGAUUAUGUGGUCUUAUGUGCAUAUCAUAAAUAAAUCUUAUGCCAUUUUGUGGUGGAAUGAAAAUGUGG